GGUUUAUGAUUAAUUAAUUUAUAUCUUUCGUUGAUCGUAAAAAAUAGAUAAUAUCUAAAAAUUUCUCAAUCCGUACGAUAGAGUAAUGCUAAAGGAACUUGACGAGGAUUAUAAUGAUCCUGAUUGGUACUCUUGAUAAUAAUCUUGUUGAUGAUAUUGCUGCUGAUAAUGAUGAUGAUGCUGAUGAUGCUGCUGCUGCUGCUGCUGCUGCUGCUGCUGCUGCUGAUGAUGAUGAUGAUGAUGACGACAAGGAUGAUGAUGAUUCAGAAAUGGACUUGCAGAAUGUACGUAUCAAUUAUGUCUUCAACCAAGCCCUUUUACCCAAUGAGGAUAAAGGAUGAUACACAG